AUGGGGGUGUGCCCGCCGGGGCUGAGCGUCGUGGCCCUGAUACGGCGCCUGGUCUCGAGGGUGGACGGGGAUGACGAGGGCCUGGGGGGGGAUGAGGGCCGGCGGGCCAGGCGGCAGGAGCUGUUCCGGCACGCGUAUUCGAUCCUGCUCGGGAGGACACAGACAGAGACGCUGGACGUUGACGAAGACGAGAGGGAUGAAUUCGUGGCGCUCCGCGUGACGACGACCAUCCUCUCACGGCAGCAAACCAUGCAGUCUUCCAGCCAAGCUUCGCGGCUACGCAAUCUUUGCAACCAGUUCAAGGGAUGCGAGGCUGUAGACUUGGCCGAAGUGGAUGCACCACUUGACUGCCACAACACGAUUCCAUUGAAAAGCCAUGCCGCAAUACUGUCAGUGUUGCUGCACCUGGAAGGAUCGGUGCCUACAUCCUUCAACUCGAGUGUGCCACAGCAUUGCCCUGCAGAUGAUAGAUCCAACAACCUGGAAGGUCCCUUGAGCAGACCACAGUCUGCAGAGGGCAUGUAUGAAGAGGCCAAUGACUGGGUGCCUAAGAAGCUGUUGCAGGUGCCCACUGAAAUGAACAUGUCACGAUGGACAGAUUUCUAUGACAUGGAGCCUGAGAGCACUAUACAUCAGCCUAGCAGAGAGCCUGACACUGGGUGGAGGCCCAAUCUGGACUUCAAGGCGCAUCGUCGGCAAGCAGCAUUUUCUGGGGAGCCCAAUGGUGGCUGUCAGGGAUUCAACAAUGACAGUGAUGUUCAUGAACCCUCCUGGCUUGGAAGACUGCCAUUUGACAUGCAGCCUGGCUAUGGCACUUGCUUUGGGGCUGACGAUGUGGGAAGCGAUCAAACAGUGGCGGGAAUCGGGCUUGGCGUUGGGCAGCUGGACCUUGGAACUGGGCAGGCCAGCCCGAGGUCACCCGCACCAAAGAGAUUUAAACAUGGCGACGAUGCAGAACCCACCCUUGGCACAUUUGAGCACCCUAUGCCCUUGGGCUCGAACCAUGAUAGCUCAGGCAUCCUGGGGCUGGUGCUUGGAGCUGAAGGGCAGCACGAGGAGAAACAGCUUGCCUGGCUUGCGACACACGCGCUGCUGGGCGUCUUGCCUGCAAUUCAUUUUUUUGAGACUGGACGAGUUGGAUCAGAAUACCUGCGGCCAGCUGGGCUGUCACACCUGAUGUGGAAGAUCUGCAG